AUGGCCCAGGACUGGAAGAGCGCUGAUCUGGAGCUUUGUCUGGAGCGAGCUGAACCCGUGGAGGGGAUGAGGAAGAUGGGCACCUCACGGCCAUCAACGGGCUGGAAGAUUUGUUUGUCUCUACUGGCGAUAGGACUGUGUGCUGCUGCUGCUAUCUGCUUCACAGAUCAGAAACGAGACAUCACAGAGGGAAGUGAAAAUCUGAGACGCCCUCUGAGACAAAUCUCAGACACCCAAACAGCCAUUCAUUUGGAAGGGCUGUUCAACCACACCUUCUCCAAAACUACUGUGGAAUGGAGAGACCACCAGGACCAGUCUUUUCACAAGGGGGCGCUGAAACUGGUCAAGAAUGAGAUCGUCAUCCCCAAAAAGGGCAUAUACUUUGUCUACAGCCAGGUGUCCUUCCGCAUCAACUGCCAGGUUAGCCCAGACCAGGCCCAGCCGCUGGAGACAGUCCAACUGAGCCACAUGGUCAUGCGCGCGUCCCGUGCGUUCGACGACCACCAGCCGCUGCUGAAUACGAAACGCUCCGGCUGCAAGCAAUUCAUUUCCGAGGAGGACAGUGGGAAGCGCUGGUACAGUGCCAUCAACCUGGGAGCCGUUUUCAGCCUGGAGGAAGGCGAUCGGUUGAGCACCCGCACGGAGCCCCAUGCUGAGCUGCCCAGCGUGGAGGGAGACAGUGGGAAGUCCUUCUUUGGAGUGUUUGCUCUCUGA